AUGGGUUGCUGUGGCUGUAGAGGCAACAGCUGUGGCGGCUGUGGUGGCUGUGGCGGCUGUGGCGGCUGCGGUGGCUGUGGUGGCUGCAGUGGCUGUGGUGGCUGUACCACAUGUACCUGCCGCCGUGUGGGCUGCUGCUCUGCCUGCUGCCCCUGUUGCUGUGGCUGCUGUGGAGGCUGCUGCAGUCCCAUGGUCAUCUGCUGCCGCCGCACCUGCUGCUCUGGCUCCUGUGGCUGUGGUGGUUGCUGUGGUAAGGGCUGUGGCUGUGGCAAGGGCUGCUGCCAACAGAAAUGCUGCUGCCAGCAAUGCUGCUGUAAGAGGCAGUGCUGCUGUUAGAGAGGCAUCCUCUCCACCAGAUGGUAAGAUUUCAUGGUGGUUUAGGGGCAGAGCAUUGGCCUGAUAGUUAAGAAGGUGAGGUCCUAGUCCUUAUUCACCAGUGACUUGCUAUAAAACCUCAUGCAUGUCACUUUCACAGGCUCAGAGAAAAAUCAAUCCUCAGAGGUAGAAGGGACAUGAGAAGCCAGUGUCACUCUUUCUACCUCAUUUCCCUCAUCUUAAAAAAUAAGAGGCUUGAAUAAGAUAGGCUCCAAGGUCAUUGCCGGCUGUAAUGUUUGAUUGCUGCUCUUCACUUCUGCUCUUUUCUGGCCUGUGUAUA